UGGUCCGGCUGCGGUAUUUUCAUUGUCUACCCACAAUGCACCGCUGUGAUUAUGUGUGCUCCUGCUACAUGUGAACUUUCUCUUGAACGAUCACUGAAACCAGGCGCCCUAGCAGGACAAAGCUGAAAAUGGUUUUCAAAAGAUUUGUAGAAUCCGGGCGCAUUGCUCUUGUAAAUACUGGAAGUUACAAUGGAAAGCUAGUUGUCAUUGUGGAUGUUAUUGACCACAACAGGGUUUUGUGUGAUAAUCCAUCAAAUAAUGUGCCAAGACAGACCAUCAACUUGAAGCACCUGAACCUUACGGAUUUAAAAAUCAGUGUCCCCCAUGGAGCAAGGACAGCCUGUGUCAGAAAAGCAUUCGACAAAGAGGAGGUCAAUGCAAAAUGGGAGAAGACAGCCUGGGCUCAGAGGCUGGAACGAAGAGUCAAAAGAGCCUCACUGUCAGAUUUUGACAGGUUCAAGGUUAAGGUGGCCAAACAAAGGAAAAACCGCCCAACAAGCAAAAAGUUAAUUGCAAAAAAUGCAGUGACGGGAGAAAUCGCUGUUACAAAAAUAAGCCAAUUAACCCGUUUUCAGGGUUCUCUGAAUAGGAAAAGGGCAAAUGAAUGGAAAUUUUAGGGGAGCGAUUCUCCCUUCAUGUUCUGUUUAGGAGAGCAAUUCAUAGCUCGCCUCAGGUUGCGAGGGGAGCGUGGAGGCGAGCGCGAGCUAUCGCUCGCCUCAAACGGCCAGGCCUGCUUGUCUUCUUUUAGCUCCAGGGGGCCUUUUGCUCUAGGUUCCAUGCUUGUGGUAGCCUGAAGGGGCCCCUCACCUAAGAAUGAAAAUAAAAAUAAUUGCUGAUGUUUUCAGCUCUGGGCUCUGGCCCCGUCACCCCCUAAAACCGUUGCUGUAUAUAAUACGUUUUGUAUCUGUUGUGUGUCUUUACAAUGUCAGUUUAAAUGCUUAAUUAUCAAAUUUAAAACUUCCAAGAGACUUUAAAAUGUUGUUGCAUUGAAAAUUUUAAUGCAGUUUUUUGCAUUUAUCUUUGCUUUGUCUUCUGGUUGUAUUUUAAAAAUGUGUCUUCAGAAA